GGCCGAGGGCGGGCGAGCGGAGCCUGCUUUCGCAGCGAUCGCGAGCGUGUGGCGAUUGCUUCUGUCUGUUAUUUAGAUAUGGAAGCUGAGGGGAUGCACAGAGGCAGCCAGAACCUAGGUCAGGGUCUCGCUCGGUGCUGACCGCCCCCGGGGUCGAGUAGGCGAUGGGGGAGCCCGGCUUCUUCGUCACAGGAGACCGCGCCGGUGGCCGGAGCUGGUGCCUGCGGCGGGUGGGGAUGAGCGCCGGGUGGCUGCUGCUGGAAGAUGGGUGCGAGGGUUGUUAUGAACUAGACUGGUCCAACAGGAAAGUAUGAUAGAUGUGAACUGGGGCUUCUUUUCAACCUUUUCCGGAAGCUCUCAAGCUGUUCUUGUGGAUAAGACAGAGAAUAUGUACUCCAAUGCAAAGACUUUUGGUUGAAUUAUAACUGGCUGAAGGUGACUGUAGGACGAGGAUUUGGUGUCACAUACCAACUGGUAUCAAAAAUCUGCCCCCUGAUGAUUUCUCGAAACCACUGUGUUUUGAAGCAGAAUCCUGAGGGCCAAUGGACAAUUAUGGACAACAAGAGUUUUCCUUCUGAAAAGGCAGAAGAUUUUCCAGCAGCAGGAGAGAGCUUCCUUUAAGAAGACGAAAAUCAUGAAGCUUAUUUCUUCUUUCUUUCACUUUCCCCAGAGUCUAAAUGGUGUUUGGCUGAACAGAGCACGUCUGGAACCUUUAAGGGUCUAUUCCAUUCAGCAGGGAGACUACAUCCAACUUGGAGUGCCUCUGGAAAAUAAGGAGAAUGCGGAGUAUGAAUAUGAAGUUACUGAAGAAGACUGGGAGACAAUAUAUCCUUGUCUUUCCCCAAAGAAUGACCAAAUGAUAGAAAAAAAUAAGGAAUUGAGAACUAAAAGGAAAUUCAGUUUGGAUGAAUUAGCAGGUCCUGGAGCUGAAGGCCCCUCAAAUUUGAAAUCCAAAAUAAAUAAAGUGUCUUGUGAAUCUGGUCAGUCAGUGAAAUCACAGGGGAAAGGUGAAGUGGCCAGUACACCCUCUGACAAUUUGGAUCCUAAGUUGACUGCCCUUGAGCCAAGUAAGACCACAGGGGCUCCCAUUUACCCUGGCUUCCCCAAAGUCACAGAGGUUCAUCAUGAGCAGAAAGCCUCAAACUCUUCAGCAUCUCAGAGAAGCUUACAGAUGUUUAAGGUGACCAUGUCCAGGAUUCUGAGGCUGAAAAUACAGAUGCAGGAAAAACAUGAAGCCGUUAUGAAUGUGAAAAAGCAGACCCAAAAGGGGAACUCAAAGAAAGUUGUGCAAAUGGAGCAGGAACUGCAGGACUUACAGUCCCAGCUGUGUGCAGAGCAGGCUCAGCAGCAGGCAAGAGUGGAGCAACUAGAGAAGACUUUCCAGGAAGAGGAACAGCAUCUUCAGGGUUUGGAGAUAGCGCAAGGAGAAGAGGACCUGAAGCAACAGCUGGCCCAGGCUCUGCAGGAGCAUUGGGCUCUAAUGGAAGAGCUAAAUCGCAGCAAGAAGGACUUUGAAGCAAUCAUUCAAGCCAAGAACAAAGAAUUAGAGCAGACCAAGGAAGAGAAGGAGAAGGUGCAAGCACAGAAGGAAGAAGUUCUUAGCCACAUGAAUGAUGUGCUAGAGAAUGAGCUCCAAUGUAUUAUUUGUUCAGAAUACUUCAUUGAGGCUGUCACCUUGAACUGUGCCCACAGUUUCUGCUCGUACUGUAUCAAUGAAUGGAUGAAGCGGAAGAUAGAAUGCCCCAUUUGUCGGAAAGACAUUAAGUCUAAAACAUACUCUUUGGUUCUGGACAAUUGCAUUAAUAAGAUGGUAAAUAAUCUGAGCUCAGAAGUGAAAGAACGACGAAUUGUUCUCAUUAGGGAACGAAAAGCAAAGAGAUUGUUCUGAAGACCGUGCUCUAAGGGCAUUUGAAAGACUGCCAGGCAGUGCGAGCCUGAGAUGGUCUGGAGGAUUCCCUCUAGCCGUGACUCCGCUGCUCUGAAGGUCAACUGAGAAGUCUUGUGGGACAGAGACUUGAGUUAGGAAGCCCUCAGUCACUUGCCUUCCACGGUGGCCAGCCCUGCUGCCAUCAUUGGCUGAAGCACCACCAGGAUUCACGGCACCCAACUGCUUCAGGGUACUUCGUAGACUCUGCCUCACUACAUGUCGAAAGAGUUAUUUGAGUUCUCUUCUGUUUUUUUUUUAAUUUGUUGUUGUUGUUACUGUUUUGAUACCUCGGAAACACCUCCGUUGACAGUUGUUUUGGAUAGGUUGGGUGUACCCCAUGGCUGCCUCUGAAGGCAGUGUCUAUUUUGAGAGGAUGGCUUACCUCUUCUUUGUGAAAAUACUAUCUCAUUUCCUGGAAAUAAAAUGUAAAACCUGUCAGUUGCUCA